AUGGGAGUUUCUGGUGAAAGCGAGGGCUGCGCAGCGGCGCGCAUGUGGCGGGGUGCUUGUGCGGCGCUGCUGGCGCCGGGGGCGGAGGAUGCCUGGCAGCAGCUCGUCGACGCCUCGCCGCCGGACUCCGUCUGGCACUCGCUCAGGAACUGCGUCGCGUACCAGGCGGGCGUGUGGCAGAACCUGCUGGCUAAAGGCGUGACGGACGUGAUGCAGCCGGCCGCGUUCAAACUGGCCAUCGUACUGCGCCACACGCCUGCAGAACUCACCGCGCGCCUACUCGCUGACCUGCUGCACGCACACCCGCACUCGCAAGAGUUGACGGCGUACGUGCUGGCGCUGCUGACGGACGACGAGGCGCGCUGUGCGUGCGCGCGAGGCGGGGCGCGCGCCGGGGAGGGGGAGGUGGGCGUCGUGCCGCUGCGCGAGUUGCAGCUGUUCGGCGACUGUGAGCUGGCCGUGCUGGCCGCCUCGCGCGAGGAGUACGACGCGCACGCCAAGCUGGUGCGCGCCGAGUACUGUAAGCUGGCGCACUCCAGCUACGUGGAGCUGCGCAUCAAGGUUCUGAACCAAUUCUCUCAAAUUCCAAAGUUGUUCCAUACACCAGAGUUUGAGUGUUUUGAGGCUGCCGCAAGAGAGAACAUUGAGCGAGAGAUCUGCACGCUGCGGGAGCACCUGCUCACUGGGAGGGCGGAUUAA